CGCGCGCGAGGGGAGACGAGGCGGACGCGCCCGCUGCCGGGAGACGCACCGCUGCUGGGAGACGCGCCGGCUGCUGAGGAGGAGUCGCUGACGGCCGGGAGAGGACUCAUUCACCCCGGGGAGGCCUCUGUCCGGAGACUCGUCCACGCCCGAGGACACCCGCCGACGCCGAGGAGGAGGACUCGCCGAAGGAGGACUCGCUCGCCGCCGGGGCGAGAGGCGCCGGAGCCAAGGCGGAUGCGGCCCGGCGCCGCCUGAUGGCCGCCGUCGGCCGGGGGCUGCUGCUGCUGCUGCUGGCGCUUAGCUGGGCGGCACCAGCGCCAGGCAAGCGCGCGAGGAGGCCACGUGGCCCGGAGCCGACCCCGGCCGCGCCGCCGGCCACGCCGGCCCGCACCGACGGCUGGAGACGACGACCGACGUCGACACGAGAGACGCAGGCGGCUGGACAUCGCGUGCAGAUGCCCGGCGAUGGACACUCUUCAGCCGACAGCCGACAUCGACCCCAUGACCGCAAGGUCACGGAGCGGACACAUCGCCGAAAGGGCGGUCUUCUGCCGCCGCCGGCCGACACGUGGCGGGCGUUCAUUCGCCACUCGGAGGACGUGGAGCGGCGCGCGCGCAGGCGGAGGAAGCAGCGGCGGCGGGGCGGCGCUGGCGAGCUGCCGCUGCCGACGCGACGCGGCCCGCCAGGUCCGCCCGGGCCCCCCGGCCCGCCCGGUGCCGUCGUCACCCAGGAGCUGCUCGUCAGCGAACUCCGUCAGAUGAUCCAGGAGGCAGCGGGAGAGCAUUUAAACAGUUUACUUCAUGCUGCCAACGAAACUGGUUCCGAGAAGAGCCGCAAGGCGGCGACACCAUCGCUAUUCCAGUUGGAAGAGGUGGCGGUAGUGUCCAGAGUGCAGUCAGCCUUCCACGUACGGUUGGCUGAGAAGGUGGUGGUUCCGCCAAAGAUGUUCGUGGAACUGAGCAAGUACCAGCUGCCGUUCGGCGGCGGCGCGUUCCAGCGUGGCGCCGGCCUGGACCUGGAGACGGGCCGGUUCCGCGCGCCCGAGGACGGCGUGUACCAGCUGUCGGCGCAGAUCUUCCUGCGCCAGCACUCGGGCAAGGCGACGCGCCAUCGGGCGCGGCCGGCCGGCAAGGCCAAGGGCCGCCACAAGCCGCAGCAUAAGCUCCUGCGCGUCCUCGUCUGCAUUGACUCGCGCUGUAAGCGCAACACCUCCCUGCAGUACAUCUCCAGCGUGGGUACGGCGCCGCACUUCUUCACCGCCAGCCUGCACGGCGUGCUCGAGCUCAGCAAGGGCCAGUACGCCUCCGUGCACGUGGACAACGCGUCGCGCGCGCGCGUGGUGGCGCUCAAGGGCAGCCAGUUCUCGGGCGCCAUGCUCGGUCGCUGACCCGCCGCCGGCGUGCCGCGACCGACCGACCGACCGACCCAGCGCGCUCCACUCGGCACGCGACGAGUCUCCGCGGCCACGGGCAGCGCGCCGCGGGGCGGCGGGCGUCUGAGGGCUGGGCCGGGCGGCUCUGCGAGACGCACAGAGUAGAGCGGCGGCGGCCGCGGCUGGACGACUCCGCCCGGCAGGCAUGGCCGCGGUGGUGGCUCGUGUGGGGACGCGUGGCGGCGAGCGCGCCGCGCCGCGGACCCCGACCCUCCCCAGCGCUGCAGACGACUGGCCGGCCGGCAGAUCUCGUCGGGCAGCGGCGAGCCGGACGGGCGGACUGGAGCACGUGAUUCCUGCGGCUCGACUCGCCGCCGUCACCGCCGAGUCGCCAACCGUGCGGCCGCGGUCGGCUGGCAGUCCCACAGCCGACCUCAGGUCAGCUGCUGCGUUCCGCCGGCGUGACUUGUAUCGUACCGAUAUCCUCGCACUCAAUACAGAUCGUAGGUUUCUUA